GACACCGACACCGACCUCUACUCCACCGACAUCCCGCCCUCCGGGACUGUUGAUUUCAUAGGAAGCUGCUAUUUCACCGAAAUCUGCAAAUGCAAACUGAAGAACAUCGCGUGUUUGAAGUGUGGUAACGUUGUUGGUUACCAUGUGAUUUCUCCCUGCAAACCUUGCCUGUUGUCCUGCAACAAUGGCCACCUCUGGAUGUUCCACAGCCAAGCAGUCAUUGGCAUCAACAGGCUCGACCCUUCUGGUGUGAAUGUAUUGCUCUGGGGCAACUUGCCAGAUUUGGAGGAAAGCACAGAUGAAGAUCCGUCCUGUACCUCUGAGGAGGAGUACAUCAGAUAACUGGGAUUAUCUACAGCCUCUUCCCUGGAUUUGUUGCUGUUUGGUUUGGAUUUUUUUUUUCCUGGCAGCCCAUCAGAGCUUAAACAA